AUGACCGACCAGCAUUGUCCGCUUGCUUUCCACUGGUGCUUUGCACAUAGCGCACUCCACUCGGCUUCCAAAUCGCUCAACCGAUAGCGAGUUAUGAUUUUUUCGUAUGGGAGACGGUUUAACAGGAAGAGGUGUAUGUUGAUUGUUGAGUAAUUCGAGGAAUAUCGUUUGGAAUGGAUCCGGUAACAUUGGGGUAGUUUCUUCAGUGAGCUGUGUCGGAGGCUUGGUUGGCUUGAGGUCAAAACAUGAGGUAGAAUCAACGACAGUGUUAUCAGCAACAUUUUCGGAAAGCGAAUUGAGUGAGGUCGGUACUGAAAGUAGCACGGACGGAUUUAGUUGACGGAACCCGUAAAGCAUUUCGUCGACUUCGUCCUCUGGUAGCAGAGCAGCAAUAUCCGGGAAAAGUUCUCUGAUGUAGAGGUAAGGUUUGCUAUGUGAGGCCAAGGUGAGCAUUUGAAGGCAUGGUGUUUCCGGAUGUUUGAUGGACGCAUGAACUCGAACUUUCCACUCUUCGACGCUGGUAUAUUUGCAUAUUCCACACUGGUACGGUCGUCCGCUACUGUGCAUUGUUUUCACAUGAUCCUCGAUACUGUGCUUAUUGAGGGCAACCAUCAGUCUACAUGCACUACAUUGUACUGGGGUAUUCAGAUUGCUUUCAUCGAUUACUGUAUACCAUUCAGAGGCGGGGUCUCGAAGUUCGGUCUGAGACUGUUCCUUGCUAUCCUUUUUUACUGUAGGAAAAAUAUUUGCGUACUGAUGUGCCCAGUCUAUGGAGGGAUAGCAAUGGGCGAGGUAGCGUUGAGCUUCGGGCACGGUAACCGAAUUACGGUUAUCACGAGGUAUUUCACCUUGAAGUUCCGGAUGUGAGGUUCGAAUGUGGGAACGCACCCUGGUGAAAUCCGCAUGGUCGAAUUCACAUUCGCGUUUCGGACACUUCCACAAUGGCACUGGAGUAUGAAUUUUUAAAGCAUGAGCUGUCAAGUUUGCGAUUUUCUUGCAGCUGACUGUUAUGCCACACAGACGACAUUUUAUCUGUCCAGGACCAGGGAUUUCAGGAGGGGGUGAUGUGGCCUUUGGCGGAGGCCCAUUAAUUAUACGCACGUCCUUAGCAGGUUCUCCUUUACCAAAUAACGUCGAGAGUACGGUGUUGAAAUGGUCCAUCGAGGCGGGUGGAGGCGUUGCUGAUUCGAUUGAGGCGCAACGUGACGAAGCUGUUUGUCCGUCAUCGGGGUUCGAGAAACCGCCAGGGACAGUUUCUGAGCUGGAGGAAUUCUGGUCAUUGUUGGCUGUGAGUGUAGGAGGAAGUUGAGCAGAUGAAGAGGUGUGCGAGGUGGAUGGAGUAAUGAGCGGAGGAGAGACAGUUUCAAGACGAGAGGUCCGUGGUGAGGCUGAUGAAUCACGAAGUUCCGUGAAGAACUCGUAUGGUGAGGUGACGAAUGA